AUGGCUUCCAUGUUGCUCUGUUUCAUACUCUGUUUCUCAAGCCUCUCUGUUUCUUUAUCAGAGGUUGUGGUUUUACCUCUAACUCACUCCCUCCCCAAAUUCAACAGUACCCAACUUCUCUUCAAAUCGCUCUCCAUUCACUCCUCCAUUCGCUUCCAGCAACACCAGCAAAAAAAACAAAACCAAAGCCAACAAAUCUCUAUCCCACUAUCAGAAGUCGGUGGCUACUUCCUUUCCAUCACAACCGGCUCAAACCCUUCAAAAUCCAUUUCUCUCGUCAUGGACACUGGCUCUCAUAUCGUCUGGUACCCUUGCUCCCCUUACAAAUGCUUUCGCUGCAAAACCCCACCCACACUUCUAAAACCUCCCAAAAAUGCCUCGGUUUCAUGCAGCUCCCCAGCUUGCCCCGCCGCACACCGUUCGAGAUCUCCCGACCCCAGUGAUAUCUGCGCCGUUGCUGGUUGCCCUAUAAAGCUUAUCGACAACUCUGAUUGCGACUCUUAUUCUUGCCCACCUUUCUACCUUGCCUACGGUGAUGGAAGCAUAAUAGCUCGCCUUCACAAAGAUAGUGCAUCCGUACCCACCUCCUCAGUUCCUUCUCUCAUUCCAAAUUUCACUUUUGGGUGUGCCCACAAAUCUAUCAAUGAGGAAGUUGGGGUCGCUGGGUUUGGUCCUGGUUUGCUUUCUUUGCCAUCACAACUCGCUACUGUCUAUCCUCAAGUCAGUAAAGGGUUCUCUUAUUGCUUGGGCGAUUCCUCGUUUAAUAACUCCGAAAUUCCUAGUUCGAGUGCACUCUUUCUCGGCCUCAAAGACGAGUCGGGUAACUCCUCAACUGAGUUUUCGUACACGCCCAUUCUUGACAACCCGAGUCACCCUUACUAUUACACGGUUGGACUGGAGGGAAUCUCUGUGGGAAAGAAGUAUAUCGCGGCACCGGAGCUUGUGAAACGGGUUGACCAGAAUGGGGAUGGCGGGACAAUCGUGGACUCGGGAUCAACGAUGACGACGUUGCCGAAGAGUCUACAUGACUCGGUGGUGGCCGAGUUGGAUCGGUUUAAUAACGAGCGAGCGAAAGUGGUCGAGGACAAGUCGGGAUUCGAGAGGUGUUAUUAUUUCGAUGGCGAUAUGAUGAAUAUGAAUCUUCCUGCCGUGGUUUUACACUUCGUUGGGAAUGGUAAUGGAUCCAGUUCCAGUGUUACGAUACCUAGGGGUAAUUAUUUGGUUGAAAUUUACGCAGAAAAAAACGAUCCUAACCAGAGGCACAGUCUGUGUUUGACACUCAAAAACGGUGGGGAUAAGAUUGGUGGGUUCGGGGCUGUUUUUGGGUAUUUUAUGCAACUAGGGUUUGAGGUUGUUUAUGAUUUGGCUAAUAAGAGAAUUGGAUUUGGGAAGCAACCGUGCAAAGCACUUUUGGAUAAAGUAAAAUAA